GCCGACUGCACGGUGUUCUCAUUGCUGGCUUCAAUCCUAUACGGUCCUUCGGAUACCUAUGCUAAAGAGGUGCUUCAAAAACAGUACCCACGACUCGUCUCGUACUGUGACCACAUUCGAGACACAUUUUAUGGGAAGGACUUCUCCAAAGGAUAG